AUGCCUUCAAGUUCCAGACAAACCGAUUAUCAUUCCUCAUCAGGCCACUCACGACAGAAGCAUGCUUCUGACUUGACCUCCAAGGCUUUAAAAUACAGCCCCAGCUCUGCCAACGAGCCGAAUUCCUCAGAGCUGGCCAUCUGGGAGAAGGUGGCUCCCAAGAUCAACUACGCAAAUGCAAUGAUUCUUAUUGUCAGCGACACGCAGGAGAAGAAGUCGCUCAAGAAGUUCCUUACAAGAAAUCAAGACCUGAGAAAGAUUGAAAUCGAAGGCGACGAUACCGAUAUGUUCAAACGAAACUCGACCUCCACGGUGAUGCUCGCGACUCCCGACGAACUACAACAUGUCUUGGAGCUUGCAUCAAAGCUAAAGAUCAAUAGAACAACGCAAUCCACUAGCGCUCCAAGUGGCUGGGGAAUUUGGAAGUCGAAAUAUCCCCAGGAGAGCCAGACAAAAUCGAUCAUCCCUGAGACACUUUUCAUCGUUGUGAGCAGGUCCAUCAAAGAGAUCGCUUAUUCCAUCUCCAAUCGUAUCAAGGAAGUUACAAUCAUGCAAAGCAACCCAGCCCAGGAUGUCAACGAUAGGUACUCCCUCUGCAUUAAUAAGUCGUCGACUUACUGCGACAUUGAGACGUGGGGGUGGGAUCACCGAGACAACUGGAGAGAUCGCUCUAUUACCCACCAGGGGGGCAUGUAUUGGGAUCUUAGUAGCCUCUCCCGUCAAGACUUGGACUUCAACAAUUCAAUUAUCUCCGCCAUGACACCAGAAAUGAGCGAACAAGUGCAGAACAACUUUCAAGAUUUCAUCGAAGAAGAUGACGGCGAUCAGUCUUCGGGUGGGUCUACUUCAAGAGGACCAUAUGCACCGACACAUACUGACAAGGUCAGUUGGUUCGAGAGAUGGCUAAAGCUUAUUGCCGGGGUUGUCGGCGCCGCAGUCGGAGUCAAGGCGGCCGUUGCCAGCUUCUCCUUCUGCUGGUUCAACGCAGGUGGAUUUUUUGUCAGAGGGUCUCUGGGUUUGUACUUGUCCGGAGGUUACUUCAACAUGGGAGCCUUUGGGGGUGCUUGCUUGAGUAGUGCAGCAGUAGGUGUUGGUACUGCAAUUGCAGCUGGUGCUGCGGUCUAUUACAUACCAUGGGGAAAGAUCUGGGACUUCGUGAUGCAGAUACUGAAAUCGGUCUGGAACAAGAUCAAGGAUGCUGCUUUCUUGAUCUGGCAAAAGCUCAAGACAUUAGUAUCGGAUGUUGCAUCGAAGCUCAAGCAAGGACUCACGGGGAAUGCGUUCCCUCAUAUGGAGAAACCCGCGAGAUUUACCGCCUGA